AUGACCAUACUCCCAAAACUCCGAGGUCGCACUACUCUAGAUAUCGGAACGUCAUUUGAGAAACAUGCGUUAAAGUACUUGAAUAAUCAACUAUAUAUGGAUCUCAGGAGAGUGGGGGGUGCUGGUGAUGGAGGGAUAGAUCUGCGGGGUUGGUGGUGGUUGCCUAGAUCGCCGAGGAUCUCCGGUGAUAUGACUGAGGCCGAGAAUGAGAGCGUCAGAAGGGUAAGGGUGAUAGUUCAAUGUAAAGCCGAAAAGAAAGGUCUGGGACCUAGGAAUGUCAGGGAGUUGGAGGGUGUGAUGGGUAAUUUGAGGUAUCACAGUAAUCCAUCCUCCACAUCCACUUUAUCGCUUUCAUCCUCAUCCCAAACCUCUGAUAAUUCCCUCAAUCCCGAUGAGGAAGAUAUAGCAAUCUUGAUUUCGCAGAGUGGAUUCACCAAAUCUACCAUGCUAUACAGUACUUCAUCGAAUAUACCUUUGAUGUUGGUUCACUUACCGGGUGGACAACCAGCAGCACAAUCUGAUCACAAAUUAGAAGCAGAGGGACCUUUAGAUGAUGGGAGUCAGAAAAUAGAAGUAAGAAGUUUAUGGUGGAAUAAAGCUUUAUCGGAAGGUGUGCUAGGUAAUGAGAUCGAGUUGAGGAGGACUAUAGGACCAAAAGGUGUAGGAGUGGGAUUAUGGAUGGGUGGGAGGAAGAUAGGGAGAUGUGGACCAAAGGGAGCGUGGUCAGAGUGA